AUUUAUGAUUUGUAGAUAGUUUUACAUCACUGAAAAAUUAAUUCUUUAUAAAGUAUAAAUUAACAAGAGUCCAUAUUAAUUAUCAACGAAGACUACGUUACGAAUAUUUCAAGAGAAAUAUGUUCAAUAGCAUAAAACAUUCACUAAAAUAUAAUCCGAGUAAAUUUGGUUAUCAAUUGUUGGCACAGUUUUCAGCGGAAACAACAGUUAAAAGUGAUCCAACACCUCGAGAAUGUUCACGCAAGUCUUUUUCACACGCAAUAUGUGGACAACCGACGCCGCUGACGCAUCCUCACUUGAUAAAACACGGAGAAGUUGUGCCAGGUAUAUCGCUCCAGGAACUUAGGAGACGACGCUCUAAAUUGGUAGAAAACAUCACUCAAGAGAAACAUGCUAAAGAUAGGCAACAAAUCGUUGUUAUACCUGCAUCAUCUAAAGUUUAUAUGUCUGAUAAAAUACCAUACGUCUUUCGACAAAAUACAGAUUUUUUAUACUUUUCUGGAUGUCAAGAACCAGAUAGUGUUUUAGUACUCACAUGCAAAGAGGAUAAAUUUUCAUCUGUCUUGUUUGUGAGACCAAAAGAUCAACAUUCUGAAUUAUGGGAUGGUCCAAGAACUGGUGUUGAGAUGGCAACUGAAAUGUUUGGCACAGAUCAUGCUUUGCCUGUUACACAAUUUGAACAGUUCCUUGCUUUACUGCUACAAAAGGAUGAAAAAUCUAUUGUUUGGUAUGAUCAUGCUGAUAUUGUUCAACCAAUUCUACAUAAGAAAUUGUGUCAAUUAAUUAAAUUGACAGACAAUCAAAUAUUUGCUUCUCCCAAGACCUUGUUUCAUCAAGUUCGUUUGAUCAAGAGUGCUUGUGAAAUUGAUUUGAUGCGGAAAAGCUGUGAAAUAGCCUCUGAGGCUAUUCGAAAAACAAUUCAGUCUUCAAAAUCAGGGAUGAGCGAACAUCAGUUAUUUGCUACUGUAGAUUACGAAUGUCGUAUGAAUGGAGCUGAAUAUCUGGCAUAUCCUCCUGUUGUAGCAGCUGGCAAAAAUACAAAUAUAAUACAUUAUAUCAGUAACAAUCAAAUUAUUCAAAAUGGCGAUUUGGUUCUAAUGGACGCAGGUUGCGAAUACCAUGGUUACUCAUCCGACAUAACGAGAACAUGGCCAAUUAGUGGUAAAUUUACGCCAGAACAGAAAGUUCUUUAUGAAGUGGUACUCGACGUACAAAAGGACUUGAUAGAUAGUCUAAAAGCACUGCCGUCACUGGACAAAACGUUCCGCUACAUGUGCGUUCUCCUAGGAAAGAAAUUGCAGGAUGUCGGCUUGAUACCAACAAACAUCAGUGAGGAUAAAGUCCUGGCUGCUGCAUACACGUAUUGUCCACAUCACGUCAGUCAUUAUCUAGGAAUGGAUGUGCACGACACCGGAAACAUAUCUAGAAGCAUACAAAUACAACCUGGAAUGAUAAUAACGAUGGAACCUGGUGUAUAUGUGAGUCCGAACAAUCCUUACGCACCGCCACACUUUCAUGGAUUGGGUAUUCGUAUAGAGGACGACAUAUUAGUAACAGAAAACGGAGCAGAAGUCUUGACGAAAAAUUGCCCGAAGGAAGUGACGGAGAUUCAAGCCUUAGCGAGCCAAAAUCAAGGAUGUUGAAACAUUAUUAUAGCAUAAUAUACUUUUUAUUCAAAUGUAUACGAAACAGAGAAUAUAUUGUAUUGUUCAAACGUUCGUCUACCUCACGUUAGGAAUAAUGCUAGAGUUCUCUGUAUGCUAAUAUAUACUCAAUGCACAAAAUCUUAUCUUGAAUUCAUACGGACAGUCUCAUUACUCGAAAAUUUGUCCAAGUGGAAACAGAUGAACAUUACAUACUUGGAACCAGUAGAGUAUCACUAGAAUUAAUAACAAUAGCGUGUAUAUGAAAAGAGCUAAGGUGAUCAUUGAUAUACAAAAUUUGCUUUUAUC